CAGCGCCUCAGCCCCAGCGCUGAGGAGCCGGCGGCGGCGGCAGAGGAGCAACAGGUUCCCGGCACGGAGCGGAACGGCGCCCGGCUGUGCCCAUGGCCGGCCGCGUCCCCGGCACCGAGCAGAGCUACAUCCGCACCGUGCUGGGACAGCAGAUCCUGGGGGAGCUGGACAGCUCCAGCCUGGCGCUGCCCUCCGAGGCCAGGCUUAAGCUCACGGGUGUCCGGGCCGGGGAGGAGAAGGCGCUGCGCAUCCAUCGGCAGGUCCAGCAAACGCUGGCCAGGAAGAGCCGGGGCUCGCUGCACAACGGCAGCUUGCACCGUGCAUCCAGUGUUCCAGAGCAUGUCUAUAACAUGGGGAUUACUGAAAAUGAUUUUGCACCAAGAUCUCCCUAUGGUUUCUCUUAUUAUCAGUCAAAUCAGUUGGCCUCACCAUCCUCUUAUACGAAUGGCUGGGGGUCGAGGAUUAGUUACAAGACAGUGGAAGAGAGAGCUCAAAGACAGCCUCUGAAGAGACUUGAGGUUUCACCCCAACGAGAUCCUGAACGAUUGGCAUAUGUGCCCAGUGAUUUUCACUAUGAUGGAGGCAUUUCAACUGGAUUCUCCAUAAGACAUGGAGAUAGCAGGAGAUCCAUUGGGACCGUCCCACCGAGAUACGCUCGCUCUGAGAUUGUUGGCUACACUCUUCGUGAUUCAGUGAACAGGGGACGGUCUUUUAAAAGACAAUCCCACAUGGGGGCUAUGAAUGAUCCUCUCUUUGAUGGUGUCUACCCCAGCCCUUCUGUACCUCUCUACUAUCAAGCAGGCAACAGUCGCAGUAUGACCAACCUUUUGGAGAAAGAGAACUACCUGACGUCGGGUAGUGCAAUGGGACAAGUGAGAUCACCGGUUUCUUCCCGUGUGGGGUCUCAGAACAGGCAAUCUUUAAGGUCCAGCUGGUACCAGACUACUUUCAGAAACACACAGAACAGGAGGGAAGCUUCCCAACCAGCUUCAGUUGCCAGCAUCGCUACGGAAACAGAUGGGAAGAGGAUGCCACUGACAGCUGCCAUGGCAGCAGCAGGGAUGAACGGUUACCUGCAGAGUGAACAAGUCACUAUGAAUGGAUCUCAUCUAGGGAGCCCAGAAGUGGAGAUGACUCUGGAGCGGGCAGUGUGCAUACUGAAGAGUGAAAACACACAGUCCACACCUAGGAUUCUUGCUGCUGUGACUUUCAUACAGCAUGAGUGCUUCCAGAAAGCAGAUGCCAGAAGAAAAGUUUUCUCACUUGGUGGUAUCACUAGACUUCUACAGCUUCUUGACGUUCAGAAUGAGGACAUCCAGCGAGCAGCAUGUGGGGCUCUGAGAAAUUUGGUGUAUGAGGAUAAUGACAACAAACUGGAAGUGUCAGAGCAGAAAGGGAUCCCACUCUUGCUCCGCCUACUCCGCCACACCAGGGAUUUAGAGACUAAAAAGCAAAUAACAGGUUUGUUGUGGAAUUUGUCUUCCAAUGACCAGCUGAAGCACCUGUUGAUUAGAGAAGCCCUGCAGACAAUGACUGAAGCUGUUCUCAUCCCUUACUCAGGCUGGCCAGAUCGAGAUUACCCAAAGUCAAGUGUUCUACCUGACCCUGAUAUCUUCUAUAAUGCCACAGGAUGCUUAAGAAACAUGAGCUCAGCCGGCCCAGAAGGAAGGAAAAAGAUGAGAGAAUGCAAUGGCCUGAUUGAUUCUCUUGUGUAUUAUAUUCAAGGAACUAUUGCAGACCACGAGCCUAAUGACAAGGCUACAGAGAACUGUGUGUGCAUUCUUCACAAUCUUUCCUACCAGCUAGAGACAGAGCUCCCUGAGAGCUAUGCCCAGAGCAUAUACAUGCAAAGAAGAAAUAUUUCUAGCAAUGAAAAAACACCAGGCUGUUUUGGAACACGGAGCAGAAAAGUGAAAGAGAAACAGCAGGACAUCCCUCUACCUGAGGAAAAGAGCAGUCCCAGAGGGGUUGAAUCACUCUGGCAUUCCACACUGAUUAGGAUAUAUAUCUCCUUAAUAGCAAAGAGUACCAGAAACUAUACCCAGGAAGCAUCCCUGGGAGCUCUUCAGAAUCUCACAGCCGGCACUGGACCAAUGCCACUUGCGGUGGCCCAGACUGUUGUUCAGAAGGCAAAUGGCCUUCCAAUUAUUCGGACUAUGCUGCAUGUAAGCCACCCGACAGUAAAGAAGACAGCAGUCUCACUGCUUAGGAAUUUGUCUCGUAACACCUCUCUGCAAAGUGAUAUAGCUAGAGAAGUUUUGCCUGAUUUGGUCUUGGUACUUCCUGAGUCUGUCCCAGGCUCUGAUAUUGUCUGUGAAACCACAGCAUCCAUCUGCUACACCUUAUACAAUUUGACUCAGAGCAGUUCACACAAUGCACGGCUUCUCCUGAGUGCCAAUGGCCUCCCAAAGAUUAUUACCAUCAGCAUGAAUGACAGUAGUAUGUUCAGCAAGGCUAGUCGGGCUGCUUCAGUCCUCCUCUACUCCUUGUGGUCACAUACCGACCUCCACAGUGUCUACAAAAAGGCUGACUACAAGAAGGCAGAUUUCAUCAAUACCCGGACCACAAAAGCUUAUAACUCACUAAGAGACUGAAUAAGAGCUUAAAACCACUGAAGAAAAAGGAGAUCAUAUGACAAAUAAUGUAGAUAUCUUCACGUGGUUGGUGUUGCCAUCAUGAACCGGGAAGUCUCUUGGAAAAAAAAACCAGGCUGAUUUUAUAUAGGACUUGAGUGACCAGAGGAUAGUUGGGUUUGUGUUUUUAAUUGUAAUUCACCUUGUUGUCACUGUAUAUAUCAAUUUAAGAAGCUUAUAUCAAUAUAAGAAUAACCAAAGAUGGAUUCUUCAGUAUGUCUGAAAUGCAGUUUCAUCCAGAUUGAGCACUAGUUAGAGCUUCAGAUGACUGCCUUUAGUCUAACAGUCAUUUAGGUUUGAAAUGCUGAUUGGCAGCAAAUUAUUUUCAGUCUGUUUUAUACAAAUAGUUUUCUACAGUGGGUAAGCAUCGAGUGCACUGCUCAGGACACAGAAUUUUUUCACCCUUUUGUUUAUUCCCACACGUUAAAUAGGAGUCUCCAGGCUCUGUGAGUAUACACAAGAAGCUGUUUCACUACCUGCAUUAUAAAAGCACCAAUGAAGUUAAAAUCAUUAUUUUUGUAUUGCUUGUAUUCAUGUGCUCACUGUUUCUUAGCCUGUUUUCUUUGAGAUUUGACUAGCAACAAAACUGAUUUUGCAUAGGUCUUAUCCCUUUCUCCUUCCAUCUUCCCUCUAAUGGCUGUAGGAAUUUAUAAGUGGGUCCAGAAAGGGUUUUAACUAGAACCAUUAUGUUUCAUACACUUGGGGCUGAACUUAGACCCACCAUUCAGACCCAUCAUUCUUUGCUAAUUGGUGGAAGAGUUUUUUUCUGGUGAUUAUGGGACUGUUUUAAGAAAACUGCAUUUUCAAAAUUACUCUGUUGAUUGUAUAUAGUAAAGGAAAUGCAGUCUUGCCUUUAUUUUUGGAGUAAUAGAUAUGCACACACAAGAGGUUAGACCUCGUGCAGCUUGAGGAAUUCAUCUGAUUCUGCUUCAUUACUUGGACUCAUCAUCUUCCCUACAGCAGUCACAUGCAAUGUGAUAACUAACAGGAGAAGAAAAAUUCCUAAGCACCUAAAGGCUCUUCCCAUUGUAUGAAACUCAGAGAGGGAAAAGAACACUGAAAAACUCCACCUGAUACCUUUAGCAAAGUGAGAUUUAUCUCAACAAACCAGUAGUUAAACUGUCCAUGAAACCAAUAGGCCAUUCAUAUAUAAAGCUCUGUGGCUGGCAAGAUGUGGGAUCAUUCUUCUGAAAUCUGGAGAACUAAACUACAUUUUUUGGCAAACAAGAUUUUGGCACAUGUGCUUUCAAGCCUUCCUGCACAAAUGGAUCCCAUGCUGUACCCUUUCGCUGGACUGCUGGCACAGGAGCUAUUACAGCUCUUCUUGUACAGAAGGAGAUGCAUAAUCCUUCAAGCAGGAACCUCACAGAGGAGAAAACCAGACUUCUUCAUCUCAACACUCCUGACCAAAGGUCUAGCUCCUACCAGAAAUUUACAACCAGCAGAUUGUGACAUCUUACUGUGUCCAAACCCAUUCCUGGAUCUCGGGGAGCAAAAUUCUGCUGGUAGAUGCACAUAGUUAUCAUAGGGUUCCCAGAAAGUCCCACACAUCCACACAGAAUAGAAUGCAUCCUGGAGAGUUAAGCAAACAACCCUGCUUUCCCAUCACAGAUCGUUUUCAUAGGUCUGUUAGUCCUCCACAUUUGCUUUGAAUAACUCAAGUCAAAUGCAUUCCAGUAAGAGGUUUUAAAAAUACUAUUGUUUUUUUAAGAGAUCUCUUUCAAAAUACUCCAGGUCCAAAAACAACACAUGGGAAGGGAACUUAACAGCACCACAUGUGGAGGUAAUUGUUUUUAGAAUUUUUUUAAAAUACAAUAGAAAACAGACAAUUAAAAUCUAACUCUUACUUCUACACUUGUCCACUCAAGUAACUCUGUGUAUGCCAUGAAUGAGUAAACACCAAGAAACCUGGAGGAAUCUACCUUUACCACCUGAAACGUAGUGGUUGGCAAAAUUAAUAUACAAAGGAUAAACCUAAACACAGAGUAGCACGGGCUUGAAGAACUGCAGUCUGAAGAUCAGGAAGAGAUCUCUCAUAAAUAUUCAAGCACUGGUUUAGUUCUGUGAAACUCACAUGUUUGAGUUUGGUGCUUUUUAUAUUAAAAAAAAAAAAAAAAAUUAACUCUCAGUAAGAUGUCCUUAAGAAAAGGUUGCAAGCUUUUGGGGUUGUUUUUAUUGGACAGUGUCCCUUUAAAAUCAAAGCAGUGUUCAAAAGUCAUAAAGAAGAUUAUCAGACCUGACGACAACUGAAAGCCAUAAACGGGGAUGGGAUAAGAAACAAAGACACACCUUAUUACAACUGAUCUCCUACUU